UUGGAAUGAACCUGGCCAUUAUUAUAGACCUUGCAAAAAAUUUGCUCGGAUUGAGGAAUAAGUAUUCAGGCAAUACACGAUUGGAUGGACAGGUAGUAGUAAUAACGGGCGCUAAUCGGGGUAUUGGCAAAGAGACUGCAUAUCAACUGUCACUCAGAGGAGCAAAGAUAAUCAUCGGUUGUAGGGAUGAGUUGAGGGCAGAGAAUGCCAUCAAAGAGAUUGUGUCUCUGAAUCCAAACGCAAACAUAAUUCACAUUAAACUCGAUUUGUCUUCUCUUCAGUCGAUUCGGGCAUUCGUUCAACAAAUCUAUGAAAACGAGACGAAAAUUGAUUUACUUAUAAAUAACGCCGCAAUCGCUUCAGACAUUGAGGGGAAAACAGAGGAUGGCUUUGAGUUGAUUUUCGGGACAAGCCAUUUGGGACACUAUCUCUUAACACUACAAUUACUGCCAUUACUGCGAAAGGCACCGAAAGCCCGGGUCAUAAACGUGUCAUCUUUGGCCUAUGCGUCUGGAAGAAUACAUUUCGAGAAUAUAAACCUACGUAACGGUGCUUUUAAUAUGAUGGCAGCCAACUCGCAAAGCAAGUUGGCUACCUUGGCUAAACGUUUGGGUGCCAACACCACAAUCAAUGCCUAUUCACUACAUCCCGGACUUGUAGACACUGAAUGGUACCGACAUAUUGAGUCCCCUGUUGUCAAGUUUAUCGCAAAAAAUGUCACCAAAAUGUUUGCCAUGUCUGUCGAGAGGGGCACUCAGACCACCCUUUACUGCGCUCUCGAGGAAUCACUGGACAGUGAAUCCGGAUUUUAUUAUGACAAUUGUUUACUCGUGGAUAACAUGUAUGCGAACGCGACGGACGAUAAAAGUGCGGAACUGUUGUGGCAAUUGAGCGCAGAUUUAAGUAAUAGACGAUUGGAUGGACAGGUAGUGAUCAUAACCGGUGCCAACACUGGUAUCGGCAAAGAGACUGCAUAUCAGUUGACAUUACGUGGCGCUAAAGUAAUCAUUGGCUGUAGGGAUGAGUUGAGGGCAGAGAAUGCCAUCAAAGAGAUUGUGUUUCGGAAUCCAAACGCAAACAUAAUUCACAUUAAACUCGAUUUGUCUUCUCUUCAGUCGAUUCGCGCAUUCGUUCAACAAAUCUAUGAAAACGAGACCAAAAUUGAUAUUCUUGUGAAUAAUGCC